UUGCUGACUCUUCAGAGGAUAGCACGGUUUUGUUUUUUUCAACUCGCCUUUUUGGUGGUGUGUUUAGUUUUUGAUUAAAAAAAAAUUUCAUUUCAAAUUCAAAUCUCCCAAAUUUAUAUUUCUUUUGUGAUGGUGACUCUUCACAAUCAUAGUGUUUUUUCGUAAUUUGCAGAUUUUUCAUUGAUUUUGAUCGUUUAAAAAAAAUAUUUGGCAUUACUUUGUGUUGUGAAUUUUUUUUUUCCGUUUCUUUCGGUCACAGAUUUAUAAUUUUUAUCUGGAGUUCUUGUGGUUAGUUUUUUUGUAUGCAAGUUUGUUGUGAGGAUUUGAAGGAUUAACAUUAUAUAAAGCCUAAUCAUAUUCGGCCAGUGCUGGUCGAUCUGUUGAACUGGAAUAUGGAUCUUACAAGGCGAUUGCAAUAUGCCGCCUUGACAUUAUUUUUAAUUACCCUAGUCAUAGGUUCCUCACACACUAGACUGCAUGGUCGUCGGCACAAACGACAACAUGGAGCACAUUUAUACCUGCCUGAAAGUUAUAUCGUACCAGAAGGUGAAGGUCGUCACGGAGAAUGGGGAGACUGGGGAUCACCAUCCGAGUGUUCGAGGACGUGCGGUGGUGGUGUAGCUUAUCAAACUAGAGAAUGUUUAAAUGUUGGAUCCGACGGUACGCCAAGAUGUUCUGGUGGCGAUAAAAAAUACUUUUCGUGUAAUUCUCAAGAUUGUCCCGAAUCCGAACUGGAUUUCAGGUCACAACAAUGUGCACACUUUGAUAGUGUACCAUUCGAAGGAAUUAGAUACAGCUGGGUGCCCUACACAAAGGCACCGAACCCUUGCGAAUUGAAUUGUAUGCCGAAGGGCGAACGAUUUUACUACAGACAUAAAGCGAAGGUUAUCGAUGGUACACCGUGUAACGAUGAAUCGUUGGACGUGUGCGUGAAUGGAGAAUGUCAGCCCGUUGGCUGUGAUAUGAUGCUCGGUUCGUCAGCUCGUGAAGAUAAGUGUCGAAAAUGCGCUGGAGACGGUUCGUCGUGCAAGACAGUGUCCGGCAUCUUAGACAUGAAUGAUCUUCAAGUUGGCUACAAUGACAUUUUACUGAUUCCAUCCAGUGCCACGAAUAUUGAGAUCCGUGAAAUAUCUCCGUCGAACAAUUACUUGGCUAUCCGAAAUCUAGCCGGACACUACUAUUUGAAUGGCAACUGGAGAAUCGACUUUCCCCGCCCAUUGACAUUCGCAAAUGCUAUCUGGCAUUAUGAUCGAAAACCGCAAGGAUUUGCCGCUCCAGAUCAUGUGUCUUGUAUGGGCCCGAUAUCAGAGCCAGUGUAUCUCGUGUUACUGUAUCAAGAUAGAAAUGUUGGCAUUCGAUACGAGUACAGUGUUCCCGAAAGUUCAGCACAUCUGUCUGAACCGGAAACGUACGCUUGGACGUUCACCGAUUUCGGACCGUGCUCAUCAACAUGUGGAGGCGGUGUUCAGACGCGUACGGUGACUUGCAACGGAAGGACCAAUCUUACUCGAGUUGAUGAUGAAUUAUGUGACAUAAGCAACAGACCGAAUGAAAGCCAGAAAUGUGGGAAGGGAGCAUGCCCUGCCAACUGGAAAGAGGGUCCAUUUGGAAAAUGUUCAGCACCAUGCGGCAAUAAUGGAACGCAAACAAGGACCGUCACUUGUGAAAAAGUAUUAGAAAAUGGCUCUUCACAGCCCAUCGACGAUUCAGUGUGUUUGCAACAAAUUGGAGCUAAACCAUCAACUAUCAGUGAAUGCAACGUGGGUAAAAUUUGUGCUGAGUGGCAUAUUGGAUCCUGGCAACCUUGUGAUAAACUUUGCGGUCCUGGUACUCAAAAACGAAAACUGAAAUGCUUCCAUAAAGUGAAUGGUAAGAUCGAAGUUCUAGAUGAUGACCAAUGUGUUGACGAAAAGCCAGAAGAAAGCCGUGAAUGCACACUACGUCCAUGUGAAGGUGUGGAUUGGAUAACAUCGUCAUGGAGUGGCUGUAAAACUUGUGGCCUUACUCAAGAAACGCGUACGGCGCAUUGUGCUUCGAAAUCAGGUACCAUUUACAACGAAACAUUUUGUGCAAAUCGAAAAAAGCCGGAACUCACACGUGAAUGCCAAGCACCUGAUUGUGAUUAUCAAUGGUUCAAAUCUCAGUGGAGUAAAUGUUCAGCAGAAUGCGGCAAUGGAGUGCAAACCAGACAAAUUGUGUGUGGUAAACUUGCCGGAAAUGCCAUUGAAAAGUCAGAUGACGAAAGUAAAUGUACCGAUGAGAAGCCAAUUGCCGAAAAGGAAUGCUCAGUAGAAAAAGAGUGCCCUGGACAAUGGUUCUCCGGACCAUGGGGAGAAUGUGAUAAAAAGUGUGGGGGUGGAAAGCGCACUAGAAAAGUUCUAUGCAUUGCAAAUGGCGUACCGGUUAAGGCAAAUGAAUGCAACGAAGACACCAUAGAAUUCAGCACCGAUGAGUGUAACAAAAAUGCGUGCAUUGAAGAUGAAACAAUUCCCGUUGAUUCGACAAGUAAACCAAUAACUGAAGACGAUGAAGGCGAAGAUUGGUGUGACGAAGAAGAUGAAACUGAAACUACGGACGAAAUGGAAAUUGUUAAAAUUGUACCAACUGACUCUACAGGCAUUUCAGAUGGAUUCGAAGUGGAUUCAACGUCUGAUACCACCGAGUCGUCAUUGAUCACCGACGAUUUGAUGCUUAGUGAUGCAACUGGCUUCGAAACUGAAUCAACACAAACGGAUAGCGUCACAGAUAUUUCAAUUUCAACGGUUGAUGGUUCUGGCGAUGUAAGUGAAGAUGAUAGAUUUGCUGGAACUGACGGAAGUGGUGAUGACGAAAGUACUGCAACAACAGAUGGCUCAAGCGUCACAGAUUCAGCAUCAACAGAUAAAACAAGUGGUGGUUCGGAUUCAACAGACCAAACUGGAUCAGAUUCAACCGAUCAAACCGGAUCAGAAGCAACAGAUUCCACAGGAAACACUUCCGAAAGCUCAACUGACAGCAUCAUUUCUUCAUCACAAUCUUCGCAAUCUCAAUCUGAAAGUAGUAGCAGUUCUGGAGCAAGUUCUGAUGAUCUUCCAACUACAGCUUCUGAUUUGGCCGACACAACCUCAUCAGCGCCAGAAACAACCACCGAUCUACCGACAAGCGACACCACAAUCAUAUCUACAACAGAUUUCACAACAGACACAACCACUGAUAUAAUUACCACAGAAUUGAGUACUGAAGGUACAACAGAGGGAAGCACCGAAGGAAGCACUGAAGGAAGUACAGCAGGAAGCACAGAGGGAAGCACAGAAGGAAGUACUGAAGCGGCGACAGAAGGAUCAACUACGGGUGCUUCAGAGGCAACAUCUGACGCAUCAGAAACAUCAACACAAAGUGGUACUUCAAUUGAUCUCACUGAAACAACAGAUUCUUCGGCAGUUUCAGAACAAUCAACAUCAUCUGGUCAGACAAGCGCAGAUGUAGAAUCCUCUACGGUAGCCAGCGAUGGUGCCACUGACACAACUGGUAUUUCGACUGCUUCCGAAGAUGGAACAGAUGUAACGUCAUCAACGGACUUGCCUGAUGCAAGCGCAACAACAUCUUCUGGUACAGGUGAAACUGAUGCGACAGAAACGACGGAUACAGCUGGAACAACUGAGUCUACGAUUGCAGUAAGCACUGAAGAGGAUGUUGAAGGAACGACAGUAGAUAUCUGGUCAACAACAGAUGCAUCCGAUCAAACAGAUGAAGAAGAUAAAUUUGGAAGUACCCCGAACACUCUAGAAGCCAUCAUAACUCAAGAGCAAACGCCAAAGAAAUGUAAGCCUAGACCAAAGGUUUCCGCAUGUUUGAAAUCAACAUUCGGCUGUUGUGCGGAUAACACUACAGCCGCAACGGGACCGUUUGAUGAAGGAUGCCCUGUUCCUGAGACAUGCGCAGAUACCAAAUAUGGAUGUUGUCCAGAUGGUUUAUCACCUGCCGAAGGCAAGAAAUUUAAGGGAUGUCCCGAAGCUGAAUGCGUUGAGAGCUUAUUCGGCUGUUGUUCCGACGGAAUUACCGAAGCCGAAAACGAAGAACAGAUUGGAUGUCCGAUCAUUACAACUACACCAGCACCUACAACCACUACUAAAGCACCACCUACACCUGCAAAAUCAGACGCUGUCAAAGGUGCUGCCCCACACAAAUUCUGUCAAGAUUCACAAUAUGGUUGUUGCCAAGAUGGUGUAUCAGAAGCAACUGGCCCUAGAUUCCAUGGAUGUGAUUGUAAAAAGAGCGAAUUUGGUUGCUGCCCCGAUCAAAGAACUCCUGCUGAGGGACCAAACAAAGAAGGUUGCUCGCCAUGUCUUUCUGAACCAUUUGGAUGUUGCCGUGACGGUGUCACACCAGCUCAUGGACCGAAUCAUGAAGGUUGCUGCCUCGAAUCCAGAUUUGGGUGCUGCCCAGACAAUAUUAAUGAAGCUCGUGGACCAAAUCUUGAAGACUGUGGAUGCGAAUAUUCUCCCUACGGAUGUUGUCCAGAUAAUAAAACAUCGGCUCGAGGUGGCGACAAUGACGGUUGUGGUUGCGAACAUGCUCCUUACGGUUGUUGUCCAGACAAAUUAACGCCUGCCAAAGGACCUAAAUUUGAGGGUUGUCCAUGCCAUUCGUUCCAAUUCGGUUGUUGUCCAGAUGGAGUCACCAUUCCACAAGGUCCACUCAACUACGGAUGCCAUUGUUCACAAAGCGAAUUCAAGUGUUGUUCUGAUGAAGUUACCCCAGCCAAGGGACCAAACUUUGAAGGAUGCUCAUGUUCCACUAGUAAAUACGGUUGCUGUCCAGAUGGUCAUACCGAAGCUCAAGGAAGCAACUUUGAUGGUUGCGAAGACAUUCCAAAGACACCGCAAAAAUCCUGCAGUCUUCCGAAAGAUGGCGGUACCUGUGGCAAUUUCACCGUUAAAAACUUCUUUGAUGUUGAAUAUGGAGCUUGUUCACGAUUCUGGUACAGUGGAUGCGGCGGUAAUGAUAAUCGUUUCGAAACGAUCGAAGAGUGUAAAGGUACAUGCGAAGAGGCUGAAGGAAAGAAUGCUUGUUUGUUGCCGAAAAUCCAUGGUCCAUGUACCGGAUAUUAUCCGUCAUUCUAUUACGACACCGACCGAAAUAUGUGUUCACAGUUCGUGUAUGGCGGAUGUCUGGGUAACAACAAUCGAUUCGAAACAAUUGAAGCUUGCCAGGAACUUUGUGUCGUUGAUAAGGCUUUACCUCCAUGUGAUCAACCUCUUGAUGAAGGGCCGUGCCAUGGUAGUUUCGAAAGCUGGUACUUCGAUAAGGAAUCAGAUACGUGUCGCCAGUUCUACUUCGGCGGAUGCAAAGGAAACAAGAAUCGAUAUGCUACAGAAGCUUCUUGUAACUAUCACUGCAAGGCUCCUGGCAUUCACAAAGAGAGCUGCUCUUUGCCAAAAGCAACUGGUUCAUGUGGUGGACGACAAGCCCGAUGGUAUUAUUCAGAGUCUGACAAAACUUGCAUGCCCUUCUAUUACUCUGGUUGUGAUGGUAACAAAAAUAAUUUCGUGUCUCAGGAAGAGUGUGAACAACAAUGUCCACCGGAAAUCAUUAAAGACCUUUGUGCCAAGCCCGCAGAAUUGGGUGAAGGACAAAAUUAUGAAACACGCUGGUACUACGAUACAAAAGAGGAACGUUGCCGUCAAUUCUAUUACGGUGGAGCAGGUGGUAACGACAAUAAUUUCCAUGAUGAACAGUCUUGCCUUGCACGAUGUGAACAGCAGCAAACCACAACAACUACACAACGACCACGACAACGACCAGAACAACGACCUGAGCAGCGACCUGAACAACGGCCUGAGCCACAGCAACCUGGACGCUUCGAAACAAAACACUGCUUCCUGGACUACGAUUCCGGUGAAUGUAGAGUGUCCGAAGCCCGAUACUAUUACAAUAAGGACGAAGGCCUUUGUGACGUUUUCGCAUACGGCGGAUGCGGAGGAAAUGAAAACAAUUUCCAUUCGGCUGAGGAAUGUGAACAGCAAUGCGGUGAUGUUCAAGAUCUUUGCGAUUUGCCACCUGUGUAUGGACAGUGUCAAGAUAAUGUAACCCGUUGGUACUACGAUCGACGAUCAGAGGAAUGUGUCGAAUUUUCGUUCAGUGGCUGCCGUGGUAAUAAGAACAAUUUCUACACUGAAGGUGAGUGUAGGAAUCAAUGUAGCCGACGAAGCGAUCCAAGAGACGAAAGAACACAGGCACCUCCACAUUCAGAAACUGAAUCAAUUUGCUCAGCUCCAAUGGAAUACGGUGACUGUGAAGACAACGUAUUGUCCUAUUUCUACAGACCAGACACUUCAGCUUGUGAAGCUUUCUACUACAGUGGAUGCGGAGGCAAUGGCAAUCGUUUUGAAACCGAAGAACAGUGCGAACGCCAAUGUGGAUCUUACAGAGGAGUUGACGUAUGCCACGAAAGAGUUGAGCCGGGACCUUGCGAUCAAUGGCAAACUCGCUAUUAUUAUAAUCAAGAUGCUCGUCGAUGUGAACCGUUCACAUACGGUGGAUGCCAAGGAAACGGCAACCGGUUCAAUUCCGAAUCGGAAUGUCAAUCGAUCUGUAUAACUCAUGAAGAGCCUGCAAACAAUCAGAACAAAGCCGUCUGCUCAUUGCCCGUUUUAGUGGGUAAAUGUUUAGAUUCGCAAGACUAUCACAAGCGUUGGUAUUACGAUGAUAGUCGCGGAAAUUGUGUCUCGUUCAUUUAUAGUGGUUGUGCUGGUAAUCAGAACAACUUUAGGUCAUUUGAAAGUUGUACUGAAUAUUGUGGUAAUCUUCGUCCCGAUGACAGCGAGAACGUUAUUGAUCACGGAGACUCACAAACGGCUGUACCGGACACUUGUCAGCAAUAUAUUGAUGCUUGCAGUCGCCUCAACUGUCCGUAUGGAAUAUCCAGAAGCUAUGGUCCGGAAGACGGCUGUGAACGUUGCGAAUGCGAUGAUCCAUGUCGAACGUAUUUGUGUCCGGACGACAGUCAAUGUGCGGUUGAUAUCACACCUGAUCCUCAGUUAGGAACGGCAUUCACACCGAUUUGUCGAAAAGCAAACAAACCAGGCGAUUGUCCAACAUUGGGUAAUAGCUCGAGAUGCGAUCGUGAAUGUUACAAUGAUGCUGAUUGCCGCGGUGAAAGUAAAUGCUGUGUGGCGGGUUGUGGUUACAGUUGUGUUCUACCAGCUGAAGCUGACGUUUCCAUUCCUGAUGAGCCUAUUCAACCUCCCGUAUAUUAUCCUGGCGCACAAGCUCCGAAAUUGGAAGAAAAACCACAAGAGGAAAUUGAUGUCAUUCAGCCGGAAGGAGAUUUGGCUACGUUACGCUGCUUCGCAACUGGAUACCCGUUACCAACUGUUACGUGGAAGCGUGGCCAAGUUAUUAUUAACACCAAUCAGGGACGUUACGUUCUUACAUCAACUGGAGACUUACAAAUUGUUCAAGUUCAUCGAUCUGAUAGUGGAACAUACGUUUGCGUGGCUGACAAUGGUAUCGGUGCCCCGGUUGAAAGAGAAAUCAAGCUCGAUGUUGCAGAUCCUGUACAACGUAAGGCUUACAUUCUUGGUGACACUAACUCAACUAAAAUUUUAACGCUCAACCAACCGGCAACUGUCCGUUGCUUGGCUGGCGGCUAUCCAAAACCAUAUGUAUCAUGGUGGCGUGGAACUGAAAUGCUUCCAUUCUCUUCGGCGCGUCACGAGAUCAAUCGUGACUUUUCGCUAGUUUUCCAACGGCUUGAACUGUCCGAUCUGGGUCCGUAUGUGUGUCAAGCGUAUUCCGGUGAAGGUAAACCGGUUUCCAUGCAUGUUACACUUAAAGCCGUGGGUCCUGUGCAUGUAAGGAAUAGAGAGGAUGAACAAUAUCUGAAGUACUUGGUAUCGUCACCCGAAGUACCGACAACACCGCGACCGGAUCCUAGAUAUCCGUACAGACCGGUCAUAAAACCACCAAGAGUUAUUCCACGACCUGAUAUUCCAGUUGUGGUAGAAGAGCCACAACAGCCGUCGGUUCGUGUAACAGCAGAAAUGACUCUUCCGAAUGGACACAGUUUCGGCGUUGGAUCGGAAAUUUCAAUCACAUGCAAUGUGGGCGGCUACCCAGUUCCGACAGUGAUAUGGUACAAGAAUGACGUUGAAAUUGUCGCCGACAAUCGAAUUCGAAUUAUCGAACAACCACAUCAGCUCAUCAUCGCUGACACAAAUGCCGAUGAUGCCGGUUUCUAUAAAUGCGCAGCCAACAAUAACAUUAGUAGUGCAUAUCAUGCUGAACAAAUAACUAUCGAUGAAGACAACGUUCAAGGCAUUUACGUACCGGCCGACUGUACCGACAAUCCGUUCUUUGCCAACUGUAAAUUAAUCGUUAAAGCCAAAUACUGCCAACACAAAUACUACGCCAAAUUCUGUUGUAAAUCAUGCACAUUGGCUGGUCAAUUGUACUAUUCGACAAAUCGAAAUUAUUAAUUCCCGGGAUUAACGGCACAAAUGAUUUUAUAGUUUAGAAAGUGGAUAAUGAAUCAGAACAAUAUAGAACAAGAAAAUAGAUCAAAACAACAACCAACGGACUAGUAAAAUUGGAUUGUGAAAUUUUUUUCCGCUUAAUUGAAUUUAAAAAAAAAUUAAAUAAAAAAUGUUCUCAGGCCAGUUUCCUUUCCUCUCACGUUAAGUGUUACGCCAUAACUUUAGUUCUCAUUUUUCUUCGAUAAGAUUUGUUUUUUACAUUUAAUUGACGGCUCGAUAUUACCAUAAAUACACUAAACGGUUUAAGCUAUAAGAUCCGAUUUUAUUUUUAAAAAAAGAACAAAACAAAGCAAAAAGUAUUACAAAUCACAUUUCAUUUUUACAUAAAAACUAUUUAUUAUUUUUGUAAUUGUCUGUGGUUUUAAAUAAAUAUUUAAAAAAAACGUAAGUGCGAAGGCUGUAAAAGAAUAAUCAGAAUUUUGAUUUUGACAAAAGAAAAUUCCGGUUCGUUUUUUAUUGUCCUUGUUUUAUUAGUCAUUGAAUCAAUCAAAAAUGAAUAAACGGUGCCUUUAAAGAAAAACCUUAGUAAAAUGAAAAUUAACAACAAAGAAAACAAAAACACAAAUCAUUCUUCUAACUUUGCUACGAACGAUGAAUGAAAUGUCUAAUUGUUAAAAGAACACAUAAAGAAAAAAAUCCCUUUAAUGUUUAAAUAAA